AUGGAUGUCAGGACCACUAAUCUAUCCUACCUCUUCAUGAUAAUCCAAUACAUAGGUGUCCAAUUUAGAUGGUUCACAUAUGCUUUGCAGCAGGCCAACAACCCAAGCAAUCAACUGCCAGAUGACUGGUAUUGGCAGGUUCAGGUGGAAACACAUAUAUUGAAGCAGGCCCUGGCUACCUGCAACUCAUAUGGGACAAUCAUGAAGGUUCCAUAUGUUGCCAAUGAACUGCUUUGGUGGAUGGCCAUACAAAAUAUGGGAGAGACUGCCCUGCUGGCACACAUCAUGGAGUUGAAUGUGCUGCAGGUCAAAAGAGGAGAGGAAGGAAAAGACAGUCUCCCACUGCUGUGUGACAUGGACUGGAUGCCAUCAGACAGCAUUGGCCAGUUGAUUGAAAGCUGUGAUGAGAUGAUCCAUCAGGAGGAGGAGGAGAUUUGCUGUAGGGAAUAG